AUGCGCCUCUUUGUGCUUGCAGCUCUGCCGAUUCUGUCGCGCAUUGCUGCAGCUGCAUCCUUCUCGCCCUACACGCUAGAGGGAGUUCAAGCCGACAUAUCGUCUUAUUUAGGUCGCAAUGAGACCCAGCAAACAAGAGCUGUCUCCAAUUUUGGCUGCGACGUAGCUUGCGGCUUUCUGGCCUUCUCCCGCCCCCAUACAGUGGCCUUCCCCAACUCGUCAAUUUAUGACUUCCAAGAGAACCGAUACUGGUCCCAGCAGCAAGAGCUCACCCACCCGUCUUGCCGUUUCUCCCCCGCCCGCGCCGAGGAUGUCUCCCUGGCUAUCCUGGCGUUCCGCGUUACCCAAUGCCAGUUUGCCGUCAAGAGUGGAGGCCAUGGCGCCUUUUCCGGCGCCUCCAAUAUCGAGGAUGGUGUGACAAUUGAUCUCAUCAAUCUAACGGAUGUGGAGCUAUCUAAAGACAAAAAGAUUGCGUCUGCUGGAGCCGGCAACACAUGGUACAAUGUGUAUGAGGAGUUGACCCCCCACAAUCUCACCGUCAUCGGUGGUAGAGUGUCCCCUAUUGGUGUCGGAGGAUUGACUCUUGGUGGCGGCAUAUCAUUCUUUUCGGCUCGCUAUGGCUGGGCGUGCGACAAUGUCUACAACUACCAGGUCGUACUUGCGGAUGGCUCCAUCCGGGACGUCAACCCCAAGUCUUGCGACAAGGAUCUGUACUGGGCGCUGCGUGGUGGUGGUAAUAACUUUGCCAUUGCCACGCGAUUCGACUUUGAGACCUAUCCUCAGGGCGACAUGUGGGCUGGGUCACAGACUUUCAUCAACACGCCCGAGACGAGCAAGGCCAUAAACAAUGCUUUCGAGAGCUUCGCUAUCAAGUCUCCCGAGGACGAUUACGCUCAAAUUAUUACUGCUUAUGCAUACGCCCAGACCCAGGGCAUAUAUGUUAUUGCGUCGGAUCUCCAGUACGGCAAACCUGUCGCCAACCCUCCUGUCCUGCGAAACUUCACUGCCAUUCCUGGCGCCAUUGCUGACACCCUCCGUGUCGUUGAUCUGCCAUCGCUGACGCAGGAAUUCAAUGCCACUAACCCUUAUGGCUUUCGCAAAACCUACUGGACAUUUACCUUCAAGAACAGUGCGGCGGUGAUGGAUGACAUUGUUGCCAUAUACACGGAGGAAGUGGAAAAGGUCAAGGAUGCUCCUGGCAUUGUGCCCUCUGCCGUUUUCCAACCGAUUACCACCUCCAUGACGAAGCACUUUUCCAAGAAUGGUGGCAAUCCCCUCGGCCUGGAGGGUCAAGGCCCGCUUACCCUGGUCAACAUUGACAUCUCGUGGACCAAGAUUGCCGACGACAAGCGCAUUAUGGCCGCUGCCCAAGCCAUCGUGGACCGUUCUGUUGCGGCGGCCGAGGCGCGGGGGCUUGACCACCCUUACCUGUACCAAAACUACGCCUCACAGAAGCAGGAUGUUUUUGCUAGCUAUGGCGAGGCGAAUCUCGCGAGGCUCCGGAGCAUUUCCAAGAAAUACGACCCCGACCAGGUUCUGCAGCGGCUGCAGCCGGGUUACUUCAAACUACAUUAA